ACGCGCGAUGGCUGCCUCGGGGCUGGAGCUGCUCUCGGCGCUGGCCACGGCGGCGGCCUGCCUGGUCUCGCUCUCGCUGCUCCUGGCCGCCGCGCAGCAGCUCUGGCAGCUCCGCUGGGCCGCCACGCGAGACAAGGCCUCCAAGCUCCCGCUGCCCAAGGGCUCCAUGGGCUUCCCGCUCGUCGGAGAGACCUGCCACUGGCUCCUCCAGGGCUCCUUCUUCCAAUCCUCGCGGAGGGAGAAGUACGGUCCGGUCUUCAAGACCCACCUGCUGGGGCGGCCCCUGAUCCGGGUGACGGGGGCCGAGAACGUGCGCACCAUCCUGAUGGGAGAGCACAGCCUGGUCAGCACCGAGUGGCCGCGCAGCACACGCAUGCUCCUGGGGCCCAACUCCGUGGCCAACUCCAUCGGGGACAUCCACCGGCACAAGAGGAAGGUCUUCUCCCGGAUCUUCAGCCACGAAGCCCUGGAGAGCUACCUUCCCAAGAUCCAGAUGGUCAUCCAGGACACGCUCCGCGCUUGGAGCAGCAACCCGGACCCCAUCAAUGUCUACCAGGAGGCCCAGAAGCUCACCUUCCGCAUGGCCAUCCGGGUCCUGCUGGGCUUCCGCAUCCCGGACGAAGAACUGGGCCACCUCUUUGAGGUCUAUCAACAGUUUGUGGAGAACGUGUUCUCCUUGCCUGUGGACCUGCCUUUCAGCGGCUACCGGAAGGGCAUCCGCGCUCGAGAGGCGUUGCAGAAGGGCCUGGAGAAAGCCAUCCGUGAAAAACUGCAAAAUACACAGGGCAAGGACUACUCAGAUGCCCUGGAUAUGCUUAUCGAGAGCGGCAAAGAACACGGCAAGGAAUUAACAAUGCAGGAACUGAAGGACGGUACCCUUGAGCUGAUCUUUGCCGCCUACGCGACCACCGCCAGCGCCAGCACAUCCCUGAUCAUGCAGCUCCUGAAGCACCCGGCCGUCCUGGAGAAGCUCCGGGAAGAGCUGCGGAGCAAGGGCAUCCUCCACAACGGCUGCCUCUGCGAGGGCUCCCUCCAGCUGGACACCAUCAACGGCCUCCAUUACCUGGACUGCGUCAUCAAGGAGGUCCUGCGCCUCUUCACCCCCAUCUCCGGAGGGUACCGGACUGUCCUGCAGACCUUUGAGCUGGACGGCUUCCAGAUCCCCAAGGGCUGGAGCGUGAUGUACAGCAUCCGCGACACGCACGACACGGCCCCGGUCUUCAAGGACGUGGACGCCUUCGACCCGGACCGCUUUGGCAAGGAGCGCUGCGAGGACCGGGACGGGCGCUUCCACUACCUCCCCUUUGGCGGGGGGGUCAGGACCUGCCUGGGCAAGCAUCUGGCCAAGCUCUUCCUCAAGGCGCUGGCCGUGGAGCUGGCCAGCAUGAGCCGCUUCGAGCUGGCCACCCGGACCUUCCCGCGCAUCACGCUGGUGCCGGUGGUGCACCCGGUCGGCGGGCUCAAGGUCAAGUUCUUCGGCCUCGACUCGAACCAGAACGAGAUCUUGACCGAGGCGGAAGCCAUGCUGGGCGCCACGGUGUGAGCCGCCUCCUCCGCUGGCCCCGGACUGAAACGGCCGCCGGACCCUGCCUCCCCCGAGACACCUUUCCCCGCCGGACGUCUUUGUGCAAAGCCUCCCUGGACGGAGAGGCCAAAACUGAGGUGGCAUUUGAGUGCCGGGAGGGAAAGGACCCCGGGCCGUCUCCGCUGUUCCUUUCCUGGACGCAAAACAGUCGAUACGCAACUAUGAAAUGGAAGGAUUUCUGCUGCAAGGAGGACCUUGCACAACGUCCCUGCGAGGCCUGGCUUCUCUCUCUUAAUUUUAUAUCUCUGUCCUCUGCCCAACCACGACUUCGAAAGCAACAGUGUUAUUAGAGCCAGCGAGCUGCCAGAGUGUUAGGGAAAUAAUAGUGAUAGAAAAAUAAUUAUGGUUUCCAAACAAACAGCACUUCUGACAAGGUUGUUCCCAGAAAUCUAUCAAAGUCUAUUAAGUGGGGUAAGCAAGCGAAUUGACAUAAUCAUUGCAUCCUAGAGUUGGAAGGGACCCCCAAGGGCCACCUAGUCUCACCCCAUUCUGCCAUACAGGGAGGCACUGUGUAAGCACUCCAAAGUUGCUCUGUAUUUAAACUUUUUCUCUCAGCUUCUCUUCUCCAAGCUAAGCCUCCUUCGUCACUUCACUUCACUUCACUUUAUUUCUUAAUUAGUCGCUCUCCACCCGAGUGCUCCGAGCGACUUACAAUUUAAAAUAUCAUUCCACAAUAUAAAAAUAUUCAACCUAAAAACAUUCAACAGCGACUAAUGGCAAAUUAGAUCUGAUUUACUUAAAUGCACAACCAAACAGCCAAGUCUUCUCACCUCCUUAUGCUGCUCCUCAGAGAGAUCUGUAGUUUCCAGACCUUUGACCAUGUUGGUCAACCUUCCUUUGUAUUCCACCUUCUUUAGAAUAAAACCAAGAGGUUCCCAAGGUGGCUUUGUAUUGCCGUCAUUCUAAAGUGGACAGCGGUGUUUCAAUGCAAUAGCAUCCUGGGAGUUGUAGUUUUGGGGAGGCGUGGAGAAAGAAUCCGGUCACCGUCACCAUCUUUUAUUUAUUCGUGUCUAGCUGUCGUUCCUAGAUUGCAGUGCUUGGCCCGCUCUUCACAGAGCGAAGGGGAGGAAUCUCAGGACGAGAGAGCUGCCUUGAGAAACGGAUAGACUUUGGUGUCAAAUCCGCGAGACGGGGUGAGCUCCCGUCUGCCAGCUCUAGCUUGCGGGGAUAGACUUUGGCUGCGUCUCUGCUGCAGAAUGAAUGCAAGCGCCACCUCCCUUUAAAUGCCAUGGCUCAAUGCUGUGGAAUCCUGGGAGUUGUAGUUUGGCGAGGCCCCACCUUUUCUGGCAGAGAAGGUCAAAGGCCUUGUAGAACUACGACUCCCAGGGCUCUUUGUAGCAUUGAGCCAGGGCAGUUAAAGCGGUUUCAAACUGCAUUCAUUCUACAGCGUAGACGCCCCUCCAGACCGGUAAUGCAGGGAGAAGCGUAAGGGACGUACAUCUACCCUUUUUUUUUACAUAACAUAUAUAAAUAUUAAAGCCUAUGUAUCUAUCUAUAUAUAUCUGUAUCCAUGUGUAUAUUGUAUCUAGGCAAGGAGCGCUCAUGUUUGAUUUACCGUGCCCAACUAAUAUAACUUGACUAUAUGUGUUUGUGUAUAUAUAUGUAUGUAUGUAUAUGUAUGUAUGUGUGUAAACUAUAUAUGUAUAUGUUUGCCUGUGCGUGUCUACACUGCUGAACUGAUGCAGUUUUGAGCCCACUUUAACUGCCAUGUUAUUCUGGAGCAAUGCGUUAAACCCUUGUGCCGGCUGAACUGCUGACCUGAAGGUUGGGUUGCGGACCUGAAGGUUGCCGGUUCGAAUCCGUGAGACAGGGUGAGCUCCUAUCUGUCAGCUCUAGCUUGUGGGGACAUGAGAGAAGCCUCCCAUGUCAGGGGGAAAACAUCUGAGGUUCCCCUGAGCAACGUCUCUGUAGACAGCCAAUUCUCUUGCACCAGAAGCAACUUGCAGGAUGUUCUCAAGCUGCUUCUGGCAUGUACUCUUUGCAAAACUACAAUUUCCAGGGCUCCCUUACAUUGGCACCGAACUGCAUUCAUUCUGCAAUGUAGAUGUACAAUGUGUGUGUACACACCCAUGCAUACAUAUACAUAUAUGCGUAUACAUAUAUAUAUAUAUAUAUUUAUAUGGAUAAUGUUACUGCAUUGGGUUUGCAGGAUAAAGCACUUUCGAGACUCAGAUUAUGUGUUUGUCUUGUGUUUUCCUUUUUUUAUUUUAAUUCCCUAGCACAGAUUCAAUUUGCUCUAUUAUUUUGUACACAAACGUGGGUGUGUGCGUGUGUGCGUGUGUUUGGUCUGAGUUUAUAAACUAUUAUUAUUAUUGUUGUUAUUGUUAUUAUUAUUGUUAUUAUUAUAAUGAUAAGUACUAUUUUUGUUAUAAUUCCAAAUAGAUAUUUAGUAUUAAAAGUGUUGCCGUUAUUAUUAUUUUUUAAAUAAAAAAAAUUAUUUGUUAUUUAGUAAAGUAUGAACUACAUAUUUCCAGCCCCGACUCCCUCUUUCCUCGCCUCUUCUCCCUUAUCGUCAACCUUGGGGGCGCAUCUACACGGUGGAAUUAAUGCGGUUUGAUGUCACUUCCAACUGCUGUGAUUCAAUGCUAUUAGAUAGGAGCUCUUGGUGGCGCAGUGGGUUAAACCCUUGUGCUUUCAGGACUUUAUCAAAAGGUCUGCGGUUCGAAUCCAGGGAGUGGGGUGAGCUCCCAUCUGUCAGCUCUAGCUUGUGGGGACAUGAGAGAAGCCUCCCAGCAGGAUGGUAACACAUCUGGGCAACGUCCUCGCAGAUGGCCAAUUAUCUCACACCAGAAGCGACUUGCAGUUUCUCAAGUCACUACUGACACGAAAAAAAAAAUGCUAUUGGAUCCUGGGAUUUGUAGUUUGUGAUCUAGACCUUGCAGAACUACAACUCCCAGGGUUCCUGUAGCAUAAAAGCCAUUGAGAUUGAAAUUGGUUAUUUUUGAAAUCGUGUCUGAAGUGACUUGAGAAAAAAAUAAUGCUAUCGGAUCCUGGGAUUUGUAGUUUGCAAUCUAGGCCUUGCAAAACUACAACUCCCAGGGUUCCUGUAGCAGAAAAGCCAUUGAGAUUGAAAUUGGUUAUUUUUGUAAUCGUGUCCCAAGUGACUUGAGAAAAAAAUAAUGCUAUCGGAUCCUGGGAUUCGUAGUUUGCGAUCUAGGCCUUGCAGAACUACAACUCCCAGGCUUCUGUAGCAUGAGAAUAAAAUGCUAUCGGAUCCUGGGAUUCGUAGUUUGCAAUCUAGGCCUUGCAGAACUACAACUCCCAGGGUUCUGUAGCAUUAAA